AUGGCACCAGCAACCGCAACAGCAAUCGGACUCGCGGGUGCCGCCGCCCUCUCUGCCUAUCUCAACGCCAAGUUCCACCUGGGCAAAGACCUGACGCACAUCUACUACCAACACCGCGGGGAACGCCACCAGGCACGGCUGAAGGCGCAGCACAAGAUCAACAUCUGGGCCACGUUCUGCGAGAACUGCGACACAUUCGCCGACCGGGACUGCAUCUGGUACUCCGACCCCGGUCCGUCCUCGUCGAUCAGUCCGCCCACGACGGUAGCGCACACGUACACCUGGCGCGAGGCCCGCGAGUAUGCGUGUCAAUACGCGCAGUGGUUCCUGGCCGCCGCCAACGUCCGGCCCGGAGACUGCGUGGGGUUCUACCUGCAGAACAGUCCGGACUUUGUGCUCGCGUGGCUCGGCUUGCUGGCCAUCGGAUGCUACCCGGCCAUGAUCAACUACAACCUCGUCGGAGGGGCGCUGGUGCAUUGUGUGAAGAUCGCGGAGUGCAAAGUGCUGCUGGUCGAUGAGGACUUCAAGGACCGAGUGUUGGGGAACAAUGAGCUGCAGCAGCUGGGCGUCAGCAUGCACGUCGUUGAUCGAGGAUUUCGGGCCCGCUUGUCGAGACUCCCAGCGACGAUGCCCAGUGCAGAGUACACAAAGGAUGUGGGCGAGAAGACAAGACUGGCAUUGCGGUACACCAGUGGCACGACCGGGUACCCGAAAGGUGUCAUGGCGACAGUCGGCCGGUACUACGCGCGACUCGCCAGCCAGUUCACCGAGAUGGGCAUCCACCCUUUGCGAUCAGAUGGCUCAGGGGAUCGAUGGUACAUCUGUAUGCCCAUGUGCCAUUCCACUGCAGGUUCGGCAGUCAUCAUUUGCAUGAUCAUGCCGACGACAUUGUGCAUCGGCAAGAAAUUCUCCGCCUCACGGUUCUGGGACGAGGUACGGGCGUCUCGCUCGACAAUGGCCACCUACGUCGGGGAGAUCGCCCGGUAUCUGCUCGCUCAGCCCCCGUCCGCGUCGGAUCGCCAGCACUCCCUCCGCAUGGUGUACGGCAACGGCAUGAGACCGGACGUGUGGGGACGGUUCCAGGAGAGAUUCGGCAUCCCCAAGGUGUGCGAGUUCUACGGCUCCACGGAAGGCGGUCUCUCGCACCUCAACCUCCAAGAGGGAGAUUUCCUCCGCGACGCCGUGGGCCACGACGGGCUGAUCCGCCGGUGGCAGCUGCACGACCAGAUGGUGCCGGUAUUGGUGGACGCCGAGACGAACGAAAUCGUGCGCGACGGUACCACAGGGUUCGCGGUGCGCAUGCCGUACGCGGUUGGAGGCGAGCUGCUGUUCCGACUCGACUCCGAGGCCAACUUCGUGGGGUACUGGGGCAAUCGGGAAGCGACGGAGAAGAAGCUGGCGCGCGACGUUUUCCGCAAGGGGGACCUGUGGUACCGCACGGGCGACUCGCUGCGGCGCGACGCGGACGGCAAGUGGUCGUUCCUCGACCGGCUGGGCGACACCUUCCGCUGGAAGGGCGAGAACGUCGCCACCGCCGAGGUGUCCGAGUGUCUGGGCCGGUUUCCUGGGGUGAUUGACGCCAACGUCUACGGCGUGCGGGUGCCCAACCACGACGGCCGGGCCGGUUGUGCCGCGUUGAUGCUCAGUCCGGAAGUGGCGGGGAGGUUUGACUUUGAUGGGCUGUUGAGAGACCUCCCGGGCUACGCGAUCCCGCUCUUCCUCCGCAUCGUACCCACAGGCUCGCUGAACUCGAUGGGCCUGAAGCAGGACAAAGUCCAGCCGCGGGACGAGGGCGUCGACCCGGCCAGGGUGGGCGGCGACCAGCUCUACGUCUUGCGGGGGGACCGGUACGUCGUCUUUGCCAGGGCAGACUGGGACGAUUUGGCGAAGGCGAGGGCACGGUUGUGA